CAAUCAUACAGUACAAAUAAAAAUCUAUUUUUGGUAUCUCUCUUCUCUACAAUUUCAUUUCCAUUUUCAGAUCCAAAUCCAUAGUGCUACAAUACCAAUCAAAAGAGACAGGCAUGGCAGGUGCAAGUUGUUUACUAGGGAAAGGAACCAAUCUUAUCAAAAAUCUGCAACGUAUGGUCCUUUCCUUAACCGAAACAGGAGCUCGGCUUUUCGUUACUAGAUUCUUGCACCAAUUCAUAUCCAUCGGUUGUGUUACAAUACUAGAAGAAGGAGGAACGAUGUUCACGUUCGGGGGAAAAGACUCUACUUGUCCUUUGAAAUCUACCCUCAAUAUUCACAGUCCUCAGUUUUACUGGAAGGUUAUGACACAAGCGGAUAUAGGACUCGCAGAUGCUUAUAUCAGUGGGGAUUUUUCUUUCGAAGAUAAAGAUGAAGGACUUUUGAAUCUGAUUAUGAUUCUCAUUGUUAACAGAGAUCUGAGAUCAACAAAAUCAAAACUUGCCAAGAAAAGGGGAUGGUGGACACCGGUUUUUCUAACUGCCGGUUUAGCAUCUGCAAAGCAUUUUCUAAAGCAUGUCUCUGAAAAGAACACUCUAACUCAAGCUCGAAGGAACAUCUCUCGUCACUAUGACCUUAGCAACGAGCUUUUCGGGUUGUUCAUGGAUGAUACCAUGAUGUAUUCGGCUGCAAUAUUCAAGUCAAACGAUGAGGAUCUGAAAGCUGCACAAAUGAGAAAAAUAUCUCUUCUUAUUGAUAAGGCGAGAGUAGAGAAGAAGCAUGAGGUUUUGGAGAUUGGAUGUGGAUGGGGAACUUUGGCCAUAGAAGUAGUGAGAAGAACCGGAUGCAAAUACACUGGCAUUACACUAUCUAUUGAACAACUUAAAUACGCACAAGCAAAAGUGAAAGAAGCUGGACUUGAGGAACGGAUUACGUUUGAGCUACGCGAUUAUCGCCAACUAUCUGAUGCUCACAAAUAUGACAGGAUUAUAGCUUGCGAGAUGAUAGAAGCGGUUGGUCACGAGUUUUACGAGACGUUCUUCAGUUGUUGUGAAGCUGCGCUUGCAAAAGAUGGUAUAUUUGUCAUGCAGUUCACAGCAAUACCCGAAGAGCUUUACAAUGAGUACAGACUAAAUUCAGAUUUCAUUAAAGAAUACAUAUUCCCAGGUGGAUGCCUUCCUUCUUUUGCCAGAGUUACUUCAGCUAUGGCCUCUUCUUCGAAGUUUUGCAUUGAAAACGUUGAGAACAUUGGGAUUCAUUACUACCAAACGCUGAGACGCUGGAGAAAGGACUUCUUGGAGAGACAAAAGUAA